AGCACAUCUUGCACGAAGAGCGACCCAUCUUUACCUUCGCUUUCACAACCCGUCGUCCCCAACCCCAAUGGACUCCUUUACAUCCCUCGAAUCUCUCUGCGAAAGCGUCGACUUCAUCACCUUUCAAGAAGACUUUUCGUCGUCGUGUUCAUCGCAUCAACCAAUCUCCAGUGACCUACCCAUUGAUCAAGAACGAUACAAUGCGGGGAACACAGGCGCUUUCUGCGUCAUCUCAUAG